AUGCCAAAGCAAAUUAGACAGUUAUUUGCAAUUAUUUUGACUUUUUGUGAACCAGACAAUCCUUUGCAUCUUUGGAAUACAUACAAAGCAUUUAUGAUUGAGGACUUUAUUCACCGCUCAGUCCCGCUUAUAAUAGCUGAACAAGCUGCUCUUUGUCAAGUUGAAAAGAUUAUUAAUCAGUGUGGUAAAACGCUGGCAGAUUAUAAUCUUCCUGUUAUUGAGUUAGAUUUUAAUCUAGAUAAUCUAGAAAAUUUCAAUCAAAAUGUUCAACAAUCAAUUGAUGAAGCCAAUAGAAUGAGACCACUGCUCUAUGUCAAUCAAUUAAAUGUAUGUAAUGCUAUUCUUGCUGCAUUGAAUGAACAACCAAGUGUAGAAAAUCAGCAUUCUCGAUUGUUUUUCAUGGAUGGACCGGCUGGUAGUGGAAAAACGUUUACAUAUAAUUAUUUGAUUGCUGAAACCAGCAGUAGAGGUAUCAAAUCUGCUACAGCUGCAUGGACUGGCAUAGCAGCAACUCUUCUUACAAAUGGAUCUACAUUGCAUGGCUUAUUCAAACUUCCUGUUCCAAUAUUAGAUAACAGCACAUGUAAUGUUACUCCAAACUCUAUACAUGGACACUUUUUAAGUCAGGUUAGUUUGUUUUUGCUUGAUGAAACAUCCAUGAUACCCAAACAUGCAUUGAAUGCAAUUGAUAGGUUAUUAAAAGAUGUUUGCAACAACAACUUUCCAUUUGGAGGAAAAGUCAUUCUUUUUGGAGGCGACUUUAGACAAAUACUGCCUGUUGUGAAAAGAGGACAACCAGCUGAAGUUGUAGAAGCAUGUAUAAAAUGUUCUUUACAUUGGCAAUGGGUGCAGAAGUUUAAGUUAACAGAAAAUAUGAGAGUACAUGAUGGGGAAAGGGAAUUUUCAAAUUGGCUGUUGAGACUUGGUAGUGGAACAAUAUUUGGGGAUGCCGAACAAGACGAUUAUGCUAAACGUGUCAUUUUGACACCAACUAAUGUGGAUUCACUAUCAAUCAAUGAGGAAGUGCUUCAACGUCUACCGGGUGAGGUCAAAACUUAUUUAAGUGCUGAUCAAGUUGAGACAGACAAUCUUAAUGAAAGAAAUAACUUUCCUGUUGAGUUUUUAAAUAGCUUAACUCCCUCAGGUAUGCCUCCUCAUUCUUUAAAGUUUAAAAUUGGUUGUAUAAUUAUGUUACUUAGAAAUUUAGAUCUCAAAGCUGGGUUAUGCAAUGGCACUCGAAUGAAAGUUUGUGCUCUUCAAAAUAAUUAUAUUGAUGCAGAGGUUUUGACAGGUGUUUCUGCUGGUAAACGGGUAUUUGUACCUCGAAUUCAGUUGGCUCCGUCAGAUUCUAAUUUACCUUUUGUUCUAAAACGUCGCCAGUUUCCUGUCAGAUUGGCAUAUUCAAUGACAAUUAAUAAAAGUCAAGGUCAAACAUUUGAUAGAGUUGGUGUAUAUCUAAAGAAACCGUGUUAUGUAAGUGUUAUAUUUAUGUUAUGUGUUAGUUGUUAUUUAAAUUGUUCAUGUAAUACUUGGGCUAUAUGUGUUAUCAAGUGUUGUGCAUAG